AGAGGUCGAAACUCAAGUUUUUACUUUUCUGCAUUUCUCUCACUCAGACUUGGAGAAAGAGGAAUACGGGAAGGAUGAAGAAGCUCUCCGUCUUGGUCGCUUCAAUCGCUCUUCUUCCUCUUCUAUGCCUGGCGUUCAGUCCUGAAAACCCUACGGAACGCCGCAUCUUGGUAUUGCUCGACGAUUUCUCUCUCAAGUCGUCUCAUUCCGUUUUCUUCAACUCUCUCAAGACUCGCGGAUUCGAUCUCGAUUUCAAGCUCGCCGACGAUCCCAAGCUCGCCCUCCAACGUUACGGCCAGUACCUCUACGACGCCUUGAUCCUCUUCUCUCCAGCUUCCGAACGGUUUGGUGGAUCCUUGGAUUUGGAGGCGGUGCUUGACUUCGUUGACUCUGGUCACGACCUGAUUGUUGCGGCGGAUGCGUCGGCGUCUGAUUUGAUCAGGAACAUUGCUGCAGAAUGUGGAGUCGAUUUCGAUGAGGAUACAGCGGCUAUGGUUAUUGAUCACAAAAGCUAUGCCAUUUCACACACUGAUAGUGACCAUACACUGAUUGCCAGUGAUGAUUUCAUUCAAUCUGAUGCGAUUUUAGGAAAAAGUAAAAUCAAGGCUCCGGUGCUUUUCAAAGGGAUUGGGCAUUCAAUAAAUUCAGCCAAUAGCUUGGUUUUGAAGGUGCUUUCUGCAUCACCUUCAGCAUAUUCUGCAAACCCAAGCUCCAAAUUGUCAAAUCCUCCACUCCUUACUGGAUCAGCCAUCUCGUUAGUCUCUGUCCUGCAGGCUAGAAACAAUGCUCGGGUUAUGAUUACUGGCUCAUUAGAUAUGUUUAGUAACAGGUUGUUAAGAUCAGAUGUACAAAAAGCUGGGAACCCAGAUAAAUAUGAGAAAUCAGGUAAUGAACAGUUUGUGACUGAACUUAGCAAAUGGGUGUUCCAUGAAAGGGGUCAUUUGAAGGCUGUUAAUGUUAGACAUCAUGGGGUUGGGGAAAUGGAUGAGCCUGCAAUGUACAGGAUCAAAGAUGACUUGAACUUUUCUGUCGAGAUAUAUGAGUGGUCUGGAAAGAACUGGGAGCCGUAUGUGGCAAAUGAUGUUCAAGUUCAAUUUUACAUGAUGAGCCCGUAUGUGCUGAAAACACUAUCAACUGACGGAAAGGGUGUGUAUCAGGCAUCAUUCAAGGUGCCUGAUGUUUAUGGAGUAUUCCAGUUUAAGGUUGACUAUCACAGGCUCGGAUACACUAGCUUAUCUCUUUCCAAACAGAUUCCUGUUCGACCCUACAAGCACAAUGAAUAUGAACGAUUCAUAACAACUGCUUUUCCCUAUUAUGGAGCUUCCUUUACUACUAUGGCUGGUUUCUUCAUCUUCAGCAUAAUUUACCUGUACAACAAGUAAAGCAUUGACGUUACCAUUGCCUACUUGUUGGUUUAGCUGUCGUUCCAAGAAAAGGAAAUACAAAAAAAAGGGGAUUUAGGAAUUUUGGACUCUUGCUUAAUAUAUAUUUAAAACAUAAAUUAACUGCAUCAGUGAUAGAUGUGUGAUUUUCUUCUCAUUCAUUAGUUAUCGAUGGAAUUUGGUCACAAUAAUACUCUAUUAGUUCAGAUAGAUUUUGCUCUGACGACAUCACAACGUCAGGUGGUGGUGGUUGUUUAAGAUACAUGUUACUGUGCAGUCAUGACUUAGAAGCAACACGCAAAAGAAGCAAUUUUUAUUUCGGUGUUCUCCGCUUCUGCUUUCCGAUUCGUCAAAUAUAAUGAUUUGAAUUGC